AUGUACAAAGAACGAGGAGGUGUUUCCGUCACUGUUUCUGCUUCUGCUUCCAAAUCGGAGGAUCGGAAGCGAAUCAACGACGUCCUCGACAAGCACCUCGAACGAUCCUCUCCGUCCACUUCACGGCCUGUCAACGCCACCUCCAAAAAUUCCACCCUCCAAGCGGAGGAAUCUGAAACGGAGAGUGAAGAGUCCGAUGUUAGUGGUUCUGAUGGGGAUGACACCUCUUGGAUCUCGUGGUUCUGCAAUCUCAGGGGAAACGAGUUCUUUUGCGAGGUUGAUGAUGAUUACAUCCAGGAUGAUUUUAACCUCUGUGGAUUGAGCAGUCAAGUGCCCUACUAUGAUUAUGCCCUUGAUUUGAUUCUCGAUGUCGAAUCAUCCCAUGGUGACAUGUUUACGGAGGAACAGAAUGAGUUGAUUGAAUCAGCUGCGGAAAUGCUUUACGGUUUGAUUCAUGCCAGAUAUGUGUUGACCAGUAAAGGAAUGGCUGCCAUGCUUGACAAAUACAAGAACUAUGAUUUUGGUAGAUGCCCAAGAGUUUACUGCUCUGGACAGCCCUGCCUUCCAGUUGGUCAAUCAGACAUUCCUAGGGCAAGUACUGUGAAAAUAUACUGCCCUAGAUGUGAAGAUCUAUACUAUCCUCGCUCCAAGUAUCAAGGAAACAUUGAUGGAGCAUAUUUUGGAACAACAUUUCCACACCUCUUCUUGAUGACAUAUGGACAACUGAAGCCACAGAAACCAUCACAAGGCUAUGUUCCAAGAGUUUUUGGGUUCAAACUUCCCUACUUUUAUCUCGUUUAUUCCAUUUGCACCAUUUAUGUAGUUUUUGAAUUUGUGGAUAUGAUCCCAAAGGAUUCAUACAUUUUACUGGUUUUAAAGUUAGCUUGCUUGGAUGUUAAACUCACGUACAACAUUAAUAUUGAUUAUAUGGAAAAUAUGAAUAUGUACAAUAUGACCGACUUCAAGUCAGUUUGUUGUGUUCUGAAUAUAUGGUUACUGACUUCAGUGACUUGUGAAACAUCGCCCUAUGCGUUCGCACCUGUUAGCAUACAUAAAUACUUCCUUGAUGGAGAAUUUCAACUGUUGAAAAAUGUGAGCUAUUAUCUAUUCACUGGCGUAUAUAGCUUUUUCUACAACUUCCAUUUUGUUCAAUCCCUCGGUUCAGUUCUACAACUUGCUACACUCCAGACUGACGUCGUGCCCGCAUAA